CUGUACAUGGUUUUCAAGCAUCCUGAACCCUGUAUUCAGUAGAGGCAAUCGUUAUAAAAAUUAACGAUCAAACACCAUUCCAUCUUUUGCAACAAUAUCACCAACUGAUAAUCUGUGCAAGAGUUGCAAGAAAUCCAAUACCAAUAAACACUGCAAUUUCAAGCCAAGAAGAAGAAUAACUUAAUCAAUAGCAGGUUACAGGACCACAUAAAACAUGAUCUUUAGUUUUGGUUGUUGCGAAAACAGUAAAUUAUGAAGUAGUUUAGGGAGUUCAACAAAGGGUUUGCUCCGUGUAAGUCACCGCAAACGACAAAGAAUAUUUGCAGUUCGUGAGCUCUAUCUCCUUCCUUCCAUAUCUUACAAAUUUCAAAUUGUUGAUAAAGAAGACCCAAAACCUGCCACAGAUCUAUUGUUGACAAUCACGCAUAGGAAUUUGAUUCGUCAAAAUGGAGGCACCGGAAGUUUUGACUUAUGAUCGUAACCAAGAGUUUAAGACUUUCGAAGAUGCCAAAGCUGGUGUUAAAGGACUGGUUGAUGCUGGAAUUGAAAAGGUUCCACAAAUGUUUAUCCGGAAACUUGAUGAGCUAGCACAAGAUUUACCUGUUCAUGAUGAGGGUGUUGAGAUUCCAUUGAUAGACAUAGGUUGCAUGGAUAGCCGACGUGAAGAUAUUGUCGAUGAAAUUAGGCAUGCAUCAAUGACUUGGGGGUUCUUUCAGUUGUCAAAUCACGGAAUCCCUCUCACCGUGACCAAGGAAAUGAUACAAAGUGUUCAUAAAUUUCAUGAACAAGAUAUGGAAGUCAAGAAACAAUUCUACACCAAAGACCACAGUGCAAAAUUUCAAUGCGACAUGUAUCUUGACGUUUACAAAGGAAAAUCUGCUGAUUGGAGGGAUACCUUUCGAUGUUUAUUUUCAAGUCCUGAACCUAUCAAUCCCCACGAAUUGCCAGACAUUUGCAGGGAUAUUAUGCUCGCGUACGGGAAGUAUAUCAUCGAUCUAGGAGAUGCUCUUACUGAAUUAUUUUCAGAGGCUCUAGGGCUAAGAAAGGACCAUCUCAAAGGCAUGGACUGCAACCAGAGUUUGGCCAUUAAUGGUAAUUAUUAUCCAGCAUGCCCUGAACCUGAACUAACCUUAGGUACAAAGAAGCAUGCAGACCCAGCUUUUUUUACCAUUCUCCUCCAAGAUCAUAUUGGUGGACUGCAAGUUCGUCACCAGAAUUAUUGGGUUAAUGUGAAGCCUAUCCCUGGUGCUUUAAUAGUAAACAUUGGUGAUUUCCUCCAGUUUGUCAGUAAUGACAGGUUUAAGAGUGUGCAGCAUCGCGUACUUGCUAACCGCAUCGAACCAAGAGUGUCAGUUCCAUGUUUCUUUAAACCAAAUAGCAUCAAGUUGUAUGGACCUAUCAAUGAUUUAAUCUCUGAAGAAAACCCGCGUGUAUACAGAGAUGCUACGUUUACAGAUUAUUACCUUCAUUUCCGUUCCAUAGGGAUUGGUGGUGAAUCUGCCUUGAACAUUUUCAAGGUGUGAAGCUACAGCAGCGUCAGCGCAAGAUGCAGUAGUUAAACAGUAUGAGGGAAUCUGGCUAAUGAGGGUUUCUAGUUUCUUUCUUCUUCUUCUUUUUCUUUUCUUUCUUAAAAAUGGAAUGCACUUUGAGGCUGAAGGAAUUUGGUUUCGAGUUAAUCUAAAUUGUAAUGUACCUUAGAGCGUCCACAAUGGACGACUAAACCCAAA